UGCGCCGCAAACCGCCAACUUCCGUCCCCCUUUUUGGUGUCAUGUGAGUUCCCUGGACGCUUCGCUUCUCUCUGCAGCUUCAACACCGCGACGCCAACAGCUCAAAACAUGUCCACUACCAAGGUCGCCGUGGUUACGGGGAGCAACAAGGGCAUCGGCCUGGCCAUCAUCCGGGCGCUCUGCAAGCAGUACGACGGAGACGUUUACAUCACCGCCAGAGACGUCGGCCGCGGCGAGGCGACGACGGCGUCUCUGGUCGCCGACGGGCUGAAGCCCAAGUUCCACCAGCUGGACAUCAACGACCUGCAGAGCAUCACCGCCGCCGCCGCUUACUUCAAAGAGAAGUACGGAGGGGUGGACGUCCUGGUGAACAAUGCUGGGAUAGCAUUCAAAGAUGCAGACACGUCUCCAUUCGCCGUGCAGGCCGAGGUGACCCUGAAGACCAACUUCUUCGCCACCAGAGACAUGCUGACCCACUUCCUGCCGCUCGUCAAAGCCAAAGGCCGCGUGGUGAACGUCUCCAGCUUCGUGGGGGUCCGGGCGUUGAACAAGUGCUCUCCGGCCCUGCAGCAGCGUUUCCGUAGCGACGACAUCACGGAGGAGGAGCUGGUGGGGCUGAUGGAGCAGUUUGUGGAGCAGGCCAAGAGGGGCGAGCACGCCAAGGGAGGCUGGCCCGACACGGCCUACGGGACGUCCAAGACCGGACUCACGGUCCUGUCUAUGAUCCAUGCUCGCCGUCUGUCCAAGGAGAGACCAAACGACGGGGUGUUGGUGAACGCCUGCUGUCCCGGUUGGGUCCGCACCGACAUGGCGGGCGACAAAGCCCCCAAGUCCCCGGAGGAGGGCGCCGUGACGCCCGUGUACCUGGCGCUGCUGCCGCCCGGCGCCACGGCGCCACACGGGAAGUUCGUCUCCGAUAAAGAAGUUCAGCCGUGGUGAAAAGGGGGUGGGGCUUAACACAAUAAUCUGACGCAAUCGUCACGCAAUGAAAGAAAAUAAGGACCUGAAAUACAUAACUCACGAGUCCGAUGGCUUAUUAUUGUUUUAAUAUCCAUUACAUCACUUUGCCUUCGCUAUAGUAUAAACAUUAUUAAUGUUUUAUGUUUGUGUGAAGUAAAGCCUGAACUGGAUGAAGCUAAAAUAUUGUGCUAUAAAUGAAAAUAAAAUGCUUUUCUGUGAAAUUUAUUAAAAUUGAAAAAAUAAAACAAUAUAAAAAAAUU